AUGAACAACUCCAGCCCAAAUGAAACAGAUGACUGCUACCCGUCUGCACAUCCUGAAAAGAUGGUAUUCGUAGGCCUGCAACUAACUGUGAUCCUGAUCGGCAUCCCGUCCAAUGUCUUCUUCCUGUUUGUGUCGUAUCGGCUUAUCUGUCAGAAGAACGAGCUGGGCGUCUAUCUGUUUAACCUGGCUCUCUCGGACCUCUUGUUUAUCAUGUGCUUACCAGUGUGGGUUCAAUUCUGUCUUUACGAUGUGUGGCCUCACGGCAAGACGAUGUGUAUUGUUUGUGUUUUCCUGCUCUUCACAAACUUCUACACCAGCGCUAUGCUUCUGAGCUGCAUCGCGGUGGAUCGCUACUUAGCAAUCGUUUACCCGCUCAAAUUUUGCACUUUUAGAAAGCGCAAGACUGCAGUCAGCAUGAGCAUUGCUGCUUGGAUUUUUACUAUUGUAUUCAAUGCAAUAACCGUGCAUCCAGACAGUAUCUACGAUGUGGAAAACUCAAUCUGCUUGGAUUUAUUUCCUUUGCCCCAAAGGCAAAGAAUAGUCAACGUUGCUCGUUUUGUUGUAGGCUUCCUCAUUCCUGCAUUGGUUGUGGGUUUCUGUUAUUGGCGGAUAUGUUCGGAUGUGAAGAGAAACCAAACGCUUGGAUCGAUGGAGCGCCGGCAUGUCUUCAGGCUUCUUGGAUGCAUUUUGUUGACCCUUUAUUUGUGUUUUGGGCCUGUGCACAUCAUGAUGGUUUUGAGGGUUUUGUUGGAGGAUUGUCCAUAUCCCAACUGGCUCUUCUUCGGAUAUAAGGUCAGCGUCUUACUCUCGAUGCUCAACUGCCUGGCUGAUCCACUUCUGUACUGCUUCAUGAGCAGAACGGGUCAAGCCAGCGCUUCAAAUGUGUUACUCAUCCUCAGGAGAACAUGGAAGAAAGAGUGUCAAAAAGAGUGUCAAAAAGAGAUGGAACAACAAAACAACCAAAUCCUUGGAACUGGUACCAUUCCAAUCACAGAAGCACCCUUUAGGACUGAAUUCAGCACUGACCACUAG